AUGGAUGAGAUAAUUGAGAAAUCACAAUCAAAUCAAGUUAUAGUGGUUGUAGUGGUUGAUACUCAAGCUAAUCAAGAACAAGAAGAUUGUUCCAAGGUUGAUAUAGAGGAAUCCAAAGUUGUUGAUUAUUCCAAAGCUGAAGUUGAAGGAAAUGAAGACAAUGAUCUAGAAAUUCAAGUUGAGAACAACAAGGAAGGGGAAAGAGAAGAGAAUGAAGAAGGACAAGGAGAAAAGGAAGACAACAUGUUGAUACAACAGGGACAGAAAGGGGUACAAAAUAUCUCCAUCAACUUCAAUAAAGAGCUUAUGGGUACAAAGAAAGCGCAACCAGAAUGGAUCAGGAAAUGUGUUUCUACCUCUCGUUUUGUAGUUAGCGUCAAUGAGAUCCAUGGAGGCCACUUCAAAGGUGAAAAUGGUGUGAGGCAAGGAGAUCCCCUAUCAUCUUCCCUUUUUGUCGUCAUCGUGGCGAUCUUUGAGAGUGUUUUUACGACGUUCCGAAAGAAUCAACCAUACAUCUUCCACCCAUUCUGUGAGGAGAAGGAGAUCACCCAUUUAUACUUUACUGACGAUUUGUUCAUUCUCGCGCAUGCUGACAUAUAUUUCAUAAAAACUGUAACAGCUGCACUAACAUUUUAUUUUGAGGUUAUAGGUUUGACUAUCAAUGAGAACAAGAGCUUGGCAUUCUAUGGAGGAGUAAAACAGGAAACAAAAGCAAACAUCUACAACAUCAUGGACAUCACAGAAGGAAGCUUCCCAAUAAGAUACUUAGACAUACUACUCACAGCAAAACAGAUCCAAAUCUUACACUACAAACCACUGAUCGAGAAAGUGAAUAACUCAAUUUCCAACUGA